AUGACGCAAUCGGAGAGGAAGGACGGCGCAUCCCGGGAUGGAGGGAAGCGCAUCCCGGCCGGCUGCUCCCACCCUCGGAGCCGGGACCUGGACCUGGACCAGGACCAGGACCAGGACAGAGGGCAGCGGAUCCCGACUGGCUGCCCCCACCCUCGGGACCUGGACCAGGACCAGGACAGAGGGCAGCGGGUCCCGACCAGCCGCUCCCACCCCGGACGCUCGGGCGGUUCCGGCCCCGUGAUCUCCGCACCCAUGGGAUGCCGAGGGCGCUGCGGCUCCGAGGAGCCUGGGACGGGAUCCUGCAAAGCAUUUAUUUUCUCAGGUCUAUUCUCCAAUAUCUGGUUCUGGCGAGUGGUGGCUGGAGUCCUUACUGCUGCAGUCGUUUUGGUUUCCUGUAUUCAGUUUGUCUGCCCACCAGGCUGGCUGUAUUUCCAGAGGAAAUGCUACUACCUGUCGGAGAGUGAAGCCACCUGGAACUCCAGCCAGAGCCACUGCUCUUUGCACAACGCUUCCCUCCUGGUGAUCGGGAACCAGCAGGAGCUGAGUUUUAUGAUGAAGAUAACAAAGCAAGACCCAUGGAUUGGACUCUAUAAAAGAAACGAAGAGUUCUUUUGGGUAAAUGGAAAAGCAUUAGACAAUGAACUCUUUGAGGUAAAGGGCUCUGGAAAUUGUGCCUAUCUUGAGUCGAAAGGAGCCUCAGCCUCUGGAUGUUAUUUAACCAGGAAAUGGGUCUGUAGCUUGACCAUUAACUCAGCACGAUGAAGGUGGGGGAAGCCGCCCCCUGACAUUGUCACCUGUCUCUGAUGUGGUGUCUGCACAGGCUGUGUCAAUACUCUGGGGCCUGGGAACGUGUCCCAGCUCCUGCCUGGAGGUGAAUGACUAUUCUGGUAGCCAGAAUUCUCCACCUGUGGAGGAAGCCUCUGGAUUUAAAGAUACCAUUUCAAAGGUUCGCUCCAGCACCUUGAUAAGUCAUUUCCUUGCCCCACUUUUCUAGCUACUGCCCAGCCUGUUUCUUCUUGUUGUGUCAUCAGUAUUUCUUCCAUUAACCCUUCCUUUGGAGGAGCAGCUGCUGGUUUUUUUCCUUUUUGAUGUGCAUCUGGACGCUCUUAUUCUGCUUUUCCCUCUGUGUGCAGGGAUUUGGGGGUGAAGUGGGACUGUCUGAAGGUCUGUCAGUGCCUCUCACAGACAGGGGACUGCAGGAAUAAGCACAGUUGUUUUAGACAGGAUCACAGCAGGUUUCCCUCUCCCAGUUCGGUGGGAAGCAUCUUGUGUGACUCUGCGUUGUAUUCAAUGUUUUGUUAAUGUUAUUUCACGUUAGCCUUGUUAAAUCCCAGUGAUUG